AUGGUUUCGCGACGUGGCCUCAACAUGGGGAAGUUGAGAUCAUGGAAGACAUCACAAGCCCGACCACUACAGAACAGUUAUCGAAGAUAUUUCUCAAGCUCUAUCAAUAGAGGAAUCUUAGAAGAUAAUGCUCCGGCUUCUUCCCCUAAGUCAUCGGUUUCACAGCCGCCGGCGAAACCACCAUCUUCGGUUUCUAUUUCUCCGGCACAGUCUCCGGCAGUUUCUAAAACACCCCCUGCAAAGUCUCCAACUUUAUCUCCGCCUUCACAAACUCCGUCGAUUUCUCCAUCUGGGUCUACACAACCGCCAGCAACAGCCCCACCGGCGAAGUCUCCGACCGUUCAGCCGCCGUCUUCAAUUUCUCCGGCAAUCAGUCCAUCCCAUAAUGCAUCUUCACCACCGGUUCAAUCUCCGGCGACUCCUCCACCAACGGCAGCGGUGUCUCCGGUGAGUAGUCCUGUUGCGGCUCCAUCGGUGACCGAGGGUCCGUCUGUUUCUUCUCCACCAGAGGCUUCUUCUCCAGGAAUCUCUUCAAGUUCGGCUACCCCGGCAGAUUCACCGGCGACACUUCCGUCAAGCAAAUCACCGCCUGUUGGAACUGCACCGUCGAGUUCUUCGCCGGAGACUUCACCGGGUCCUAUCGGUGAUGAUUCGGGUUCAAUGUCAAAUCUCAGGGCUCCAGUUAUUUUGUGUGGUGCUGUUGCUUUUUGGGUCGCCUUAUCUUUCUAA